UGUACUACGUACCGUAAUAAAUUGCAGUGGGGAAGUGGCGAAAAAUGGCGAUGACCCGUCACUCUGAAAAUCGUCGAUACUGACGGGGGGAGUAAACGAGCAAAUGUCUCGAGUUCGGUUAUAAUAUUAAGAAAGAAAAAUGACCUGUGCGGUUGACGGGUAACAUAUUUGAGUGGUGAAUCGGUGUUACAUCGUGUGGUGGUCGUUUGGGUCAGAUCCAAAGUCGAAACUGGUGGUUGCGAAACGUCACAGAACAACCCAUACAAGGACCCGUCGGUGUAAUCGGCUUAAAAAUGGAUCAGGAAACUGUGUAUGGAACGCACGAGGACAGUCAUGUUGUUAUGUCGGAGAAGGUACAGUCUCUGGCUGGCAGUAUUUACCAGGAAUUUGAACGUAUGAUUGCGCGUUACGACGAAGAUGUCGUCAAAGAACUGAUGCCCCUUCUAGUCAAUGUGUUGGAAUGCUUGGAUCUUGCAUAUACCGAAAAUCAAGAACACGAGGUUGAAUUGGAAUUAUUGCGGGAGGACAACGAACAGCUCGUCACUCAGUAUGAGAGAGAAAAACAGCUCAGAAAAACUUCGGAUCAGAAACUAUUAGAAUUGGAGGAUGUAGCUGAGGAUGAGAGGAAGGAACUGCUAUCAAAGAUCGAUAGCCUGGAGUCAAUUGUUCGAAUGUUGGAAUUGAAGACUAAAAAUUCCCACGACCACGGUACAAAUGCCAAAGUCAUCUCCAGUCCAUCCCCUCACAGAACCUUCCCCUACAUUGUCCGUCUUGAGGAAAAGGAGUCUGAGAUGAAGCGUGAAUAUUCUCGAUUGCACGAACGUUACACAGAGUUAUUCAAGACACAUGUAGAUUACAUGGAACGUACCAAAAUGUUGGUUGGAAGUACAGAGAGAUUAGAAAAUACCACCGGUGCUCGAGGUCCUUCCCGCUUACCUUCGCUAGGAUUAGCCCAUAUGUCUCGAAGUUCUGGCCCCUUGAGCUACGGAUUUCAAAGUUUGGAAGCAAGUAUAAAUGCUGAUGACGGUCAGGAAGAAAGUCCACCUAGCGGAGCUAGCCUUAGAGCAGAAAUGUUGGAUAGCAGUAACGAAGCAGCUAUACAAACUUCGGACAAAAGCCAGCUCACAGAUCAACCCUUACAAGAAAACAAAACUACUGCAAUUUCGAGACAGGAAAGUCCAGAAACAGAAAUGCCACCAGUAAUUGUAACGCCGACAACACCUAGCGGUCCAGAAAAGAUUGCCACAACUCCAAGCGGAAGAACAAGAACGGAUAAAGAACAACGAAGUGGAAACACUUUAUAUCAGGAACUCAGUUUUCAGGAUGCGGAUGCACUCGGUGAAAUGGACGAAGGUGCAGAUAUCACUGGGAGCUGGGUACAUCCAGGAGAAUACGCUUCCUCGGUCAAUGACAACUUUUUCGGCAUGGGGAAAGAAGUGGAAAAUCUUAUUAUGGAGAAUAACGAACUCUUAGCAACCAAAAAUGCCCUGAACAUCGUCAAAGAUGAUCUGAUAGUCAAAGUAGACGAAUUAACUAGCGAGCAAGAAAUACUCAGGGAGGAAGUCAGGGCUUUACAACAAGCCAGAGAACGUCUUCGUCAGAAGGUAUCAAUGCUAGAAGAAGAACUGAAGAAAACUAGAGAAGAAGCAGAGGCAGCUGCAAAAACGACAAAGAGUGAUGACGAAGAGGAUGUUCCGCUGGCCCAAAGAAAGCGCUUCACAAGGGUAGAGAUGGCGCGAGUUCUAAUGGAGAGAAAUCAGUACAAAGAGAGGUUCAUGGAACUUCAAGAGGCUGUCAGGUGGACAGAAAUGAUCAGAGCAUCCAGAACUGAUCCCGCGAGUAUCUCCAGUGGAAAACAGUCAGUGUGGCGGUUUUUUAGUAAUCUCUUCACAAGCCCGGCAGAUCGAGGGGGGUUAGCACGUGGACAGCAUACGCUACCACACAUGCGCUACAGUGCACCGACUAACCAAAUUACCCCAGCUCCGGCUCUGGAUGCGAUGCGCAAACGAACAAUGAAAAAUCGUCAUGACUUUCUUGACCAAGGAGACAACAUGUCCUCAGAAAAGUUAGUAGCUCGACGAGCUAACGAACGGAGGGAACAAUACCGUCAAGUACGAGCUCAUGUACGAAAAGAAGACGGUCGUUUACAAGCUUAUGGCUGGAGCUUACCUGGGAAACCGAGCGCACCUGCUAGACAGCCUGUACCUGUCCCUGUUUAUUGUAGACCGUUACAAGAGACCGAGCCUGGAAUGAAGAUAUGGUGCGGAGCUGGUGUCAAUUUGAGUGGUGGAAAGACUAGGGAUGGCGGUAGCAUGGUAGGUGGCAGUGUAUUUUAUGCAGCCGAGGCUCAGGAGAAUAACGUGAAGACUGCCGAGGAUGCUGUUGAGCACUUGGAUAAGGAACUUCAAGAGAGCGAGCAGCAGCGAUUGGAAGCCGAGCGACUAGAACAGCAACUAAGUUCUCUAGUUUGGAUUUGCACGUCGACACAAAAGAUGUCAAAAGUGACUGUCAUCGAUGCGAAUAAUCCAGCAGACAUACUGGAGGCCUUCAACGUUUGCCAAAGUCAUUUGUUAUGCAUCGCGAGUGUUCCAGGUGCUAAGGAGAGCGAUUAUAUAUUGGGAUCGAACGAUAACUCGAUCCAAACGAAUGGCGCUGGUGAUCAAAACAGCAAUAGUGAACCAGUUUCCCUAGAGCUGAGCGAAGCCAGAGAGAAUAGCAACUCCAAGGUAGAAGAGAAGAUCAAAACAGAUGUCGACAAUCAAAAUUUAGAUGAUCACAACGCGCCUGAAGACUCUGACAAAGUUGACGCGGAUCCGAAUAGUAACACUGAACCGCAAAGUUUAGAAAGCAUCGAUAGUGAGACAGCAAAUUUGGGGAAAGUGCAAUUUGUAAAAAGUACACCUGAGCCGUCAAUGCAAAACAACGAUACGGAUUUGUUGACGGAAAAAAUGUCCUCCGUUCAACCAACCAUGUGGUUGGGUGCUCAAAAUGGUGCUGUAUUUGUACAUUCAGCCGUAGCAAAAUGGACUAUCUGUCUGCAUUCGGUUAGAUUGAAAGAUGCCGCUUUGGCCAUUGUCCACGUUCAAGGAAGAGUUUUGGUCGCUUUAGCCGAUGGAACAGUGGCAAUAUUCCGCAGAGGUUCUGACGGCCAGUGGGAUCUCUCGCAGCACCACAUAAUAACACUUGGUAGUCCUCAACAUUCCAUAAGAUGUAUGACCGCUGUUACAGGAAAAACUGUGUGGUGCGGUUAUAGGAAUAAAAUUCACGUCGUUGAUCCUAUCGCUUUAACUCUGGAGUGUACUGUCGAUGCCCAUCCUCGUCGAGAGUCGCAGGUCAGGCAACUCGCCUGGUUGGGGGAGGGAGUCUGGGUCAGCAUCAGAUUGGAUUCAACAUUGAGGCUGUACCACGCGCAUACCUAUCAACAUCUUCAAGAUGUCGACAUAGAGCCUUACGUCAGCAAGAUGCUGGGGACAGGAAAAUUGGGAUUCUCAUUUGUGAGAAUCACUGCUCUACUUAUCUCGUCUAACAGAUUGUGGAUUGGGACUGGAAACGGAGUAAUCAUAUCCGUACCUUUGUCCGAAAGUGCUGGUGGUUCUAUGGCAGUCUCACGAGCGCAGGCUGGUAUGAAAACAGAUGCGCCUGGUGUGGGUGUCAGGGUCUUCGCAUCCGACAAGGGGGUAACGCCUGGAAGUUUUGUACCUUACUGCAGCAUGGCGCAUGCUCAGCUCAGCUUUCACGGACACAGAGAUGCUGUCAAGAUGUUUGUUGCCGUACCUGGACAAGGUGGUCAAAGUAUUGUGAGCGAUGGAUCACAGCCCGCAAUGCUUGUAUUAUCCGGUGGUGAGGGGUACAUUGAUUUCAGAGUUGGUGACGGUGAUGAUACGGACGAUGGAAUCGAGAGGUCGAAUCUUGCCGCUAACUCGGAAGAACAUGGAGAACAAAGUCAUUUGAUCGUUUGGCAAGUUCAAUGCCCUCUGCCAGUACCAAUAACUGCAUAGAAUAAUGAAGGAAGCGAUUAAAGAAGCUUUUCAUUUUAGUUCCUAGAUUAUCAAUCAACGUGUUAAUUUUUCAUACUAUUCAUCUAUAGCAGCUGUCAGACAUAUUAAAUUAUGCAAAUCUUUCACACAAAAAUCCGUUAGUGACGUUGCUCUUUUCAAAAAUUGAACUCCUUUGGUAUCGGUCUUUUCUGGCAUACCGGUUUGGGUAAUUUUUAACAGAAAUGUAUGGUAGCAGUCGUACCGUUAGUACCAUCUGUGAUCUAAUUGAGUAACAGUAGCUGC